CCGUUUGCACAUUUAAUGCCUUGUGCAAAUAUUUUAUGUUAUAGCCCUUGCUGUGUUUGUUUGGAGUCGGUACAUCUGAAUCAGGGCAGGGACUGUUGCUACUCCUCUCCACACGACCAAUCAGCUGUUGGGUCAAGAGUCACUGCUAUAUUAACUCUGCAGUUAAAACUCUCUUUUAAUUGAAAGAGACAGGAGCUCAGAUUUUGCAUCGACCGGCGAAAACAUUUUUUUUUAAAACUUUGCUUCAAAGCAUCUCCUACUGCCAUGGCAAUGCUUCUUCUGAACCGCUUGGCAAAAGAGCACGAGGAUUACAUCAAACAACAGGUCCAUGUGAAAAAUCCUUAUCUUGACACCAUGGAGGAGGACAUUCUGUACCACUUCAGCCUGAGCACAAAGACGCACAACCUCCCAAAGAUGUUUGGAGAUAUCAAAUUUGUGUGUGUUGGUGGAAGCGCUAAUCGAAUGAAGGCUUUCGCCCACUUCAUCCACCAAGAGUUAAACAUUCCUGGAAACCCAGACGACAUUCAAGACAUCUGUGAGGGAACGGAUCGCUACUCCAUGUACAAAGUGGGGCCAGUGCUUUCUAUAAGCCACGGCAUGGGCGUCCCAUCCAUCUCAAUCAUGAUGCAUGAGCUCAUCAAGCUGCUGCAUCAUGCUCACUGCCAGGAUGUGGUUUUGUUUCGUCUGGGAACAUCUGGAGGAGUUGGUUUAAAUCCAGGAACGGUGGUGAUAACAGAUAAAGCAGUGGACUACUCUUUCCGCCCCCAGUUUGAGCAAGUGGUUCUGGGUAAGGUCAUCACCAGGAGUACAGAGUUGGACGAAGAGGUGGCGAGUGAGCUUCUGCAGUACGCCUCUGAACUUGAGAGCUUUCCAACUGUUAUUGGAAACACCAUGUGCACCCAUGACUUCUAUGAAGGUCAGGGCCGGCUGGAUGGAGCUCUCUGCUCCUUCUCUCACGAGGAGAAGCUGGAGUAUCUGAAGAAAGCGUAUGAAGCUGGAGUGAGAAACAUCGAGAUGGAAUCCACCGUCUUCGCUGCCAUGUGCCGCGUCUGCGGCCUCAAAGCUGCUGUGGUCUGUGUUGCGUUACUGAACCGCUUUGAAGGAGAUCAGAUCACCUCUUCUCAUGAGGUUCUGGUGGAGUAUCAGCAGAGACCUCAAAUCCUGGUUGCUUACUUUAUCAAGAAACGCCUUGGACUUAUUCCCUGAAGCCCCGGAUAUUUAAACAACUGUAAAUAUGUAACAUUUAGACAUGUAUAUAUUGAUUGGUGAUAUGUAAAGUGGGCACCUAUUUAAGUCUUAAAUGAUUUGUUCAAUAAGCCAAAUAUAUUUGGUUUGUUGGAUCUUUUUUUAAAAUCCUUUGAUAUUUAUGUGAGCAAAUAAAAAUGUUAUGUCGA